CGUGCGUUUGAUUUCAGUUAAUACAAACGAGAAAUCCGAAAUAGAACGCGCAAGUGACGUCAGAAGCCUUGAGGAAAUACAGCACGUCUGUCACAUUGAUCUUGAUUUUCACGGGUGAAAAUAAUUUAAUAUUUCAUCGAAAGGGAUCAACACAAUAUUUUUCAGGGAUACUUACGGCGAUAGCGACGGCAAUGUUACGGCCACAAAGAGUGCCUUUCUCUACAUCUCCGAUAUUCUCUUGUCAGAAAGACAGCAACGUUCAAUUGGAAAAUUUCCAAAACGCGUUUCACGACGCUUGCGUAUCUUUGUCGUCAUGUCCAAUUCGGAUCAUAAAACUUCUUCCCAGAACUGUCAAAAUUUUCAAAUUUGUCGAGCUCGUGAAAUUACCGCCGUAAAAUAUGUGAUCGAUUAGUCAAACAAUCGCGCGUGCGCUGGCAAAAACAUGGCAAAUGCAAAAAUAUAAUAAAAUCACACAUUUAUAUAUGUUUUAUUUACUAUUUUAUUUAUAUUAAUGUAUCAGACUUUUCAUCAUUUUAUUGCGAUAUAUUUUGAAAGACCCUAUAUUAUCAUUAAUUUUAAUUAAUAUAUUCAACAAGAGAUGACGUUUCUGUUUCAUCUAUCUAAAAAGAAAAGAAUUAUGUAUCUACGCAGUGUUUGCGAAUAUGAAGAGAAAUACACGCUCAGCUUGAGAACGCAUAAUCUGUGGGGUGUCCGCGACUGAUGAUGAUGUGUCAGCAUGUGUGGAGAAAAAAUGAGAUAAAAAUUAAGGAUGCCAGGAGAUUAGAGAAAGGAAGAAAAAUAUCUACCUGCAGACCUAACGCGGUCGAAAUGUAAAGAAAAUUUCCUAAUCGUACAACAUAAUAAUUUAGAGGAAAAAGAAGAAAAAACUAUUAAUCUGAACUAAGGCCGACAGUUUAAAGUUUAUGAAAGAAGUAUGUAUAAGAAGAAUUUACGUAAUUCUGCAACUAUAAUUUAUGUUAACCUCACUUAAUUUCCUCCCAACGGAAUCGCAUCUAUCUGCAUAAAUUAUCUGAGAUUUUACCAACGCCGGCUAAUUUUAACCAUGCCUUAGUCAUGGCUCCGUUUCCAACUCCCAAAGGAGAUAAUUUGAUAAGCAGCGUUACAUCGGCGAGAGAAUCCGCCGCCAAUUUGCGUUAAUAAUUAACGAUGUAAUGGUGAGUCAAGCCGAAAAUAGGCGAUUGAUUAGCGAGGAUGAAGCCACGUUGGAGCUUCGCAGACUCCAGGAAGCUGUUAAGCUUGCGGCUAUCUAUCACAAUGGCGAAGGAAAGUUUCACAAAAGGACAGAUCUCUCGCACAUCGUACACGUCAGUCUACAUGGCGCCCAAUUCAUAUGCAUAUUGGCUACUGAAAUUUUUCAUUACGUACAUCACUAUGUGAAUAAACGCGCACGAGAGAAGGACGACACGAUUCCAGCAUUGCCCGAGGAGAGAAAUCCCAUUUUCUUUCUGUACCCUAUUUGCAUGCUGGUGAGCCUUAUCCUUGCGAUCCUCUGGCUUGUUAAAAAGAUACUGCCCGACAGACCCGUGAUACCUUUCGUACUAUGUGCGACGGGGGCUAUCCUGAUGCUAGUGACAGGGAUAAUGGAGAUGAAACACGUUGAUAUAUACAUCGAUAUCACCGAGAUCUCCGACGAGGAAUUAUUGGAACAUCCUGUCUUCAUUCAUAAUUUUGUGAUGUGUAUAUUAUCGAUCUUCAUUAUGACUUUGUAUCUGCUCCAAACUUGGGUCCUUUUCGACUACUGGCAGUGGCUCCGAGGGGAACAAGAUCUUUCUACUACAACGGAUGAUACGCAAAGUUCCGACUCCAGCGUGGUCACUGAUGUAACUGAGAGUACCGUGUUUGAAAAGAGGAUCGAUGAACGCGAGUCCAGACGACAGGUCGUAGAAUUGGCACCAAUUCCUACUUUCGAAGACUUGUCUACCCCGGCUGUGGCCGCCGACAGCGUCGAUAUGGAUGAAGAGCCAAUCCUUUAUUGCUGCUUUGUCGACUGGUACAACUAUAUUAGAAUAAAAAUAGAAAGAAAACCGAAGCAUGAGUUUCAAGUAGUUCAUAUCAUGUGAUGUUAAAAAUUGCCAGCAAUUAAUAAAACGAACGAGUUGGAGAAAUAACGAUUGCUGGUACAUCGUUUUUAUCGUGCUAUCGUCUUUGAACCGGUAUCCAUCGCGCCAUCUUAAGAAACUUUGUUAAACGUCAGUCCGUAGAGCCGUUCAGCUCUACGAAUAAAACAGUUAACUAGCCUGAACUGUUUACAAAAUAAAUACUCGUGUUUCCCAGCACGUAAUAUUUUCUCGGUAUUUCUCGGUAUAAGAAGCCAUCGUCAAUUUCCAAAAUCUGUUCGCGUAAUUUGAUGUUAAUGACUCUACAUGUAUUAAUAUAGUGAUAUAUUUAAAUUUAGAUUACGUAUAUUGUGUAGUUUACAAAGGACGCGAUUUUCGUAUAAACAGUGCUUAUUUUAUGCACCAUUAUUAAAUUAAAUCAUAUUAUAAAAAUGUAUAACUAAAAUAUGUUGCCUGUCGUUUAAGUGGGACGUUUGCGUGAUCUGUUGAACGAAUAUUCUAUAAUUAUCAAUUAUCUUUUAGCGAUUAUAUAUACAUUUUUGUAACAUUACGACGACAUCCCUAUGAUGUCAGAGUUCAACUAACAAUCGCUCGUGGGACUGAUUCAUGAAAACAGAUAACGCUGCAAGGUAGAUAACUAUAUAAAUAGUAAUGAUUCAACUUGUUCCAAGAAAUUUGAUAUGCAAAGACGAUAUUUCAGCGAGGAGAAUUUUUACAGUUGAGCGAACUCCAAUUUUUACAGUUGAGCAACUCCAAAGAAAUUUUGACUGCUUUUUAUAUUCUCAUAUGGUAUAAUAAUGUUUCUACAUAUUUAAUCACGAGACAAUUGUCUCUGAUAUUAAUAAAAUUUAAUA